AUGCAAGACUACGCUGAUUUCCGAAAAAGUAUUCGAGAUUUUCUUCUUUUAAACCCAUCACCAUCACCAGCUGAUACAGUUGCUAUUCUCGAACGACUAGAAAAUCAAGUAUUCGACAUUUGUUCGUCUUUGGGUUCAAAAAUAGACGAAACAAAUAACGAUCUGAUCAAAACACUCAAAGAACGUAUUGAUCUCGGUGACCAAUUGAAUAUGACGAAAGAAUCAACAAAUAAAAUCAUUAAAUGUUACAACAUGUCUAUGAAAGCUGCAUCGCAUACCAUUGCACGAACAAUUAUAGAAAUGAUUGCGCGUGGACACACUCAAGAAAUUUAUUUGUCUGUGGAAAAACUUAUGAACCAAUUUCGUCUUGAGAAGAAGUAUUCGAAUAAUCGGAAAAUCAUUGAUUUGGUGCAAGAGGCAAAGACACGAUCAUUUUGGGAUAAAAUUACAUCAAUAGAACAAAACAAUCUUGAUCUUUAUCUUAAAUGGCAUUAUCAAAGUUUACAUAAGAAAAAUUUUGUUCCAACAAAUGAUGUGUUAAAACAUCUGUGGAGCAGAUCGAAAUCAACUGAUAUAGUAACAAGUCUCACGCAUCCUAAAUUUGGCUCAUUUUCGGAUAAAAUCGAACAUAUUGAAACAUCAUUCAUAAACCUCUACCAUACGUUGUCUGAAGUGAUUCACAAUUCUAGUCUUCCAUACGAAGAUGAUAAAUUGCCAAUUCCAGAUCUUAGUGAAGGUCAAUUCAGCCGAUCUGAUGCCUUAGCUCUUGCUUCAUUCUAUAAAAUUGCAUUACCAAAUAUUGAAUAUGAAUUCGUUACAAAUAUCGUCCAUUUCUCUUCUGAUUCAGCAAAUUUAUUUAAUCGUAUAGAUUUAAACAAUAGUAUGAACAUGUGUACUACCACAAUGAAUGGAACAAAUGAACAAUCAUUCAAACGAAAAUUUAGAAAACAAGAUGUGGAGACAAUCAAUUAUUAUCCAUCCGAUACCACAAUUGGUGGUCUUCUAUUUAGUAAUUAUAUAUCUGAAGAAAUUCGUCGUUUAAGUGUAAAAGAAUUAACAUCGUCACAAGCAAUUGAUCGUCUUGGUGUACUAGUAUCUGAUAGUCCAUAUGAUUUAGCAUUAAGACCCUUUGAUAAAAAAAAUGAUCGUUGUUUUACUUGUGAUCAAGGAUUUGUUGCUUGUUCAGGGCAUCUUGGACAUAUAUCACUUGUUUUACGUGUUUACAAUCCCGUAUUCUUUCUUCGAUCUUGUUAA